CAGGUUCCUCAUCAUCUAAUCAUCUGAGUGACCUUCACUGGUUUCAACUGCAGACUGCACAAUGGACUCACCUGUAUUGACCCGCUCCGGAUGUCUUACCAUCCACCAGAAGCAAAUUGAAAAAGGGCACUUUGGGACUCUGACCAGAGUCACUGUUGGUAAAAAGCAACUGAACAAACCAAAUAAAACCAUCUUACUUGUUGGAGAAACAGGAGCAGGAAAAACUACUCUGGUCAACGCUCUGUUCAACUACAGCAUGGGAGUAAAUUGGCAGGAUAAGGUCUGGUAUCAGAUCGUAGAGGAGGGAGAACAAGGUCCAACAUCAGAUGUGAUCGUUUACGAGAUCUUUGGUUCUGAGUGUAAAACUCUGCCGUACUCUCUGACCGUCAUCGACACGCCUGGUUAUAGAGACACAGACGGACUUAAACAUGAUGUCAUCAUCAAUCAAAGAUUGUUUGACUUGUUUCGGAUAGAAGAAGGCAUCCAUGAAGUUCAUGCUGUCGGUGUGGUGAUGAAAGCAACAGAACGAAAAAUUAGUGACCAGCUGUCGUACGUCUUUGAUUCGGUGAUGCGUCUCUUUGGAAAAGACUUGGAGAAUAAAAUUGUAGCUUUUAUUACUCACUCAGAUGGAACAACACCUGAAAUAUCUCAUCAGGCUGCAGGAAGUGGUCCUCUUCACUUCAUGUUCAAUAACCGUCAGCAUGAAGCCCGAACAGAGGAAACCAGCUCAGAUCUAGAAAAAGCAUGGAGAGUGACAGAGAGGGGAAUGAGCCAAGUAACAGAUUUUUUUCAAAAGGUCUCAGCUCAGCAGCUGCAGGUCAUGGUUGGGUUUAACUCAUUUAUCAGGCUGACGGCCUCCAUCCACAACCUGCAAGAGAAAAUCAAACUGACUGAACUGAAACAGAGAGAAAUCAGACAGAUUCAAGAAGCUCUGAAGAAACACAAAGAAGAGAUGAAGAGGAACAAGAAGUUCACUGUGGAGGUAGAUGAAAUCUACAAAGAUAAAGAACAUAUUGAUGGUGAUAUAUUCUUCUUAAAAUCAGCUGUCUGCUGCACUGUCUGUGAGGAGAACUGCCACUAUCCAGGAUGUACGGUGGCCCUGAACGCUCAACAGUGUGAGGUCAUGAAUUUAGGCUCUUGCACUGUUUGUUCCAAGGGAUGUCCUGCAACAGCACAUGUUAAAGGCAACUGGAGAUAUGUGACCAAGACAAGGAAGGUGCAGAGAACCAAAGAAGAAUUUAAGAAGAGGUAUUUGAAGACUCAUUCAGACACAAAGAAGCAGAUAAAACUUGGAGAAACUCUAGAAAAGAAAAUGGAAAAGCUGACCACAGAGAAGGGACGUUUCAUGGAAAAGUCUUAUCAACUUGCUGUCAAACUGGAUCCAACUCUCCUCAAAGUGAACUCAGUUUCCACAUACAUUAAUCUGGACUUCCUGAUUAAGAAGAUAAAGGACAAAGGAGACACAGAAAAGGUCCAUAAACUGGAAAAGAUAGACAGUCAAAUGGACGGAGGAGCCAAAUCAGUCAUCGAGGGGAAGGUUGACAACACCUCUCUACAAUAUCUAACCUCCAACAGUGUGGUCAUCAGCUCAGGACCUCCUGCUGUCUAUCAGCUUAAAACAAGAAAAGAGACCUUUGGGACUCUGACCAAAGUGACAUUUGGUAAAAAAAAGCUGAACAAGCCAAAUAAAAGCAUCUUGCUUGUUGGUGAAACAGGAGCAGGGAAGUCUACUCUGAUCAACGCUCUGGUCAACCACGCCAUGGGAGUGAAAUUUGAGGAUGAAGUCUGGUUUCAGAUUGUAGAAGACGAGAACAGAAGUCAGACAGAAAGUCAGACCUCAGAUGUGAUGGUGUACGAGAUCUUUGGUUUUGAAGGUAAAACUCUGCCCUUCUCUCUGACCAUCAUCGAUACUCCUGGAUAUGGAGACACCAGAGGGAUUGAACAUGAUGUCAUCGUCAUUGAAAGAUUGUUCGAGUUGUUUCGAUCUGAAAAUGGCAUUCAUGAACUUGAUGCAGUGGGUCUGGUGCUGAAGUCAAGCGUGAAUCGUCUGAGUGACCGACUGAAGUACAUCUUCGAUUCAGUGAUGUCUCUGUUUGGAAAAGACAUAGAGAAAAACAUUGUAGCCCUGGUCACUCACUCCAGUGGAAGAAGGCCGAAGGACCUGCUUCAGGCUCUCGAAGCUGCAGAUAUUAGAUGUGCCAAAGAUGAGAAGGAACAACCUGUUUACUUCCUGUUUAAUAACUGUCAACAAGAUGAGCGAACAGACGAACCAGAAUACCUGGAAAAUGCUGAUAGAAUAGCAAGGAGAGGACUGAGUGGCUUUACUGCCUUCCUGGGAAAAACUGCACCUCAAAAACUAGAAACGACUUUGGAUGUUCUCAAUGAACGGAUCCGACUGACGGCCUGCAUCCAGAACCUGCAGGAUAGGAUCCGAAUGUCUGAACUGAAACAGGCAGAAAUUAAGCAGAUGCAAGAAGCUCUGAAGAACCAUGAAGAAAACACUAAGAAUGAGAAGUUUGCUGUAGAAGUUGAUGAAGCCUACAAAGAAAAAGAGUCCAUUGAUGGAGGGGUGUGGUUGAUGACUUUAUUUAAAGGAGCAGUCUGCUGUACCGUCUGUGAGGAGAACUGUCACAAUUCUGGAUGCAUAAGUUUUAGAGGCCCUAAAGACUGUGAGGUGAUGAAAGAUGGCCGCUGCACCGUUUGUUCUUCAAAAUGUCCCGUAUCUGCUCAUGUGAAAGGAAAGUGGAGAUAUGUAACCAGAACAAGGAAAGUUCAGAAGAAUAUGGAAGAUCUAAGGAUAAGAUUGAAAAAAGAAAAACGUUUGAACUUCGUCGAAACUCUUGAGGAUGAAAUCAAAGAUCUGACAGCAGAGAAAUCUGAUUUGCUUGAAGAGUCCUUCCAACAUCUUGUCACUCUGGAGCAGAUUGCUCUCAAAGUUAAUUCUGUGUCCACAUUUGUCCACUUGAACUUCUUAAUUGAAAAGAUGAAAGAAAAUGGAGACACAGAGAAGGUCCAGAAACUGGAGGAGAUGAAGACCAAGGAGGAUGAAGGAACUAGAUCCAAACUGCAGUAUGUGUGGGGGAAACUAGCUGCAGCUGGAAAGAAAGUGAAAGCAGUAUUGAACAGUAACCUGGGCACCUUCUGACUCUAAAAUGACUUGUGUAUUAUCUUCUUCAGCUGAACCGUUGCUCAGAUAAAGUCAUCCACAACUUGGAAACAGUGAUGUUUACAACUGUCAGAAAAACCAUCAUUAAGCCCUUUUCUAAGCAGUUAGAGGUCUGUGGUUGUCUUUGAAUCCACUACCCUGUCUGGAUAAUACAACCUGUAUGUGCUUAAAAAUAAUAAUUCUUUAUAUUCACCUAUUUGUGUGGGCUUUGUGUUGCUACACACACAAAUUUGUAUUUCUUGCUAUAUUAGGACUUUGUAUCAAUUUCCAUUCAUCAUUAAGUUACUGAAUUAUUCUUAACCCUAAUACUGAUUACUUGGGAUGUUAUGAUGACACUAAGCCAACCCCACGCCUAACCAUUACCAGUGUAUUACUAACCUUAACCUAAACGUAAUUCAUUUCAUUCCUCUGACCACAAAAGGCGAGUAUGCCAGAAUAUAACCAGAUGUCGGUCCCGAUGAGGCCCAUCGUCUGCUGGUGGUUGAACAGAAACUGUCCUUAGUAGACAACAUUAACAGUACACACACAAAACACUAUAUUGCCAAUAGCUCUGAGACACCCAUUAAAAGAGUGAAUUUAGCUGGUGUAUAAUAUCCAACAUCUUGGCCUGCAGAAUGCCUCUAAAACAUCUGUGAAAGGAGCCAGUAACAACCUUUAGUGAAUAAUGAAUUCCAGUGUUGUACUGAGAUGGUAUGCCACUAGUGCAGUAAAUCGAGUUGUGAAAUAUACUCACUGCUGAACUGUAAACCAUGAAUGGUUGCCUGAGGAACUGGGAUGAACAGAAACUCAACCACAGCUUGAUAAAUCACAUACGAUCACACAGAGUCCACCGAGGUCAAUGGUUGUCUACAGGAUAAAUAGUCACAGACCUGUGGUUGAACAUUGCAAGCAGAACGGCUGUGGAUGAUUGCAUUUUGUCAAGGACAAAGUUUGGAGGAGGAGGGAUGGUGGAGGGCUGUUUUAGGAUUUGGAAUGGGCUCCUUUGUUCCAGUGAAAGGAAGUUUCUAUAUUCAUCAUUACAAGACAUUUUGGACUAUUUCAUGCUGCUACCUUUGUGUGAACAGUUUGGAGAUGACCCCCUCCUGUUCAAAAAUGACUGCCUACUAGUGAACAAAGUAAAGACUUGGACGAGUGACUUUGUUGUGGAAGAACUUGACGGAUCUGGACGAGUUUUGACCUUAACCUCAAAUUUAAGUUCUUUUAAAUCAAAGUUAAAAACCCAUUUGUUCAGAGAUGCAUUUGACUGUUUUAUUUAAACUAUUAACUGAAACAUCUUUAAUUUUAGUCUGUAGCCCAACUUUUCUUUACUUUCCUUUAUUAUGCCACCGCAUCAUGUAAAGAACUUUGACUUGUCUUAUUGCAGAAAUGUGCUAUACUAAUAAACAUGCCUUGCCAAAUAACUUUGGGAUGGAACAGAGCAGAGAUGCAUCCAGUUUCAGUGUGUGACCUCAGAAUGACAUUUAUUGAAUAAUAAUUUGUUGAGGACCACUCUAAAUAAGCAUCACAUUCAUUAAAAACAUUUAAAUUAGAAUGACUUUUAUCAAAUAAAUGAAUCUAUCCCAGAAACAUUUGACUUGUUUUAUAUUGACAUUACAUUUUUGUGUAUAUUCUUUUUAUUUUUAUGAAUGCAUCCUCUGUCUGACCAAGCUCUCUGUAUGGAUUAAUAAAAACUGUUCUUCAUGAAAUAAAA